AUGGCUCAGGCAGUGAUUUCGGGACCCCUGAACAGGGUUUCCGCCCCCCGGCCCACCUCCCGCCCCGCCCUUGUGAGGGCGCAGAAGAACAUCCGCCCCACGGCCAACGACGCCAAUGUGGAUGUGGAUAAGUAUGUCAAGGAUCUGCAGGCCAAGUGGGACAAGGUAGACAACAAGACGAGCGUGGUCGUGUAUGGCGUUGGCGCCCUGGUCCUGCUCUGGCUUUCGUCCACCAUUGUCGGAGCCUUAAACUCCGUUCCCCUGGUCCCCCGCCUGCUGGAGCUGGUGGGUCUGGGCUACACCGGCUGGUUCACCUACCGGUACCUGCUGUUCAAGUCCAGCCGGGAGGAGCUGCUGGAUGACAUCGAGAGCCUGAAGAGCAAGAUCGCGGGCGAGAUUGAGUCCAAGUGA